GGAUUAAAGGUCAACUUAAGAGAUUUCCAAAAUCCUUUAGAAGUGAACCUCUUUUUGAUUAGUGAAAUAAGUAUUAUGCCUGGUUCCCGGAUAGGAAACAAAUCAGUACUAGAAUAUCUUCUUCUUUAUGAUGAUCUCAGGUGCCUGCCGAAAGUAAUUUAUGCUUCUGAGUGACAAUUAGUAGAAUAACUGAGAUAAGUAUCGGAAACAGCCUCUCUGCCCUUCUGGAGUAGGGGUAAGACUGCGUUUGUUGACUUACCUGAUUAGGCAAGCCAUCUUACCCUCCCCAGGCCCCACUUGUGGGAAACUACUGGGUUUGUUGUUGUUGUUGUUUUAGUUUCCAGAUGUUUUGGAUUUGCUAUAUAUCUGUUUUAGGUCAGGAUGUUUUAACAUUGUGGCUGUUCAUGCAAGUAAUUCUGUUUAUUCUUCUUUUCUGUCCAUUUGUUUGCUGUAAUUUUUCGUAACUCAGUGGCAUUCUGUGAUUGUAUCUUCAAUUUAUGAGUACAGUUUCAAAAAUUUUAUUUUCAGUUUCAAAAUUUAUGAGUAGUGUCUCUUCCAGGUUAUGUCUAAAGAUACAAGUUGUGUUCAUCUUUUACUUUUUUCUUGCAUCUCUUUUUAUUUCUGCUGUAAAAAACACAUCUUUUGCAGUUCUUGCCUGCCAUGAUGAAGAUAUAAUAUAUCUACACAAGCCCAACUCAGAAACAUGCAUUUCAAUUUUAUGAGCCAUUAACUGAGAAUACAUGUCGGUUGCAAAGCUCAGAAUAGGUGCUACUCCAGCUGCAAUGAAAGCCGAUGAGGGAAAUGAUUCGCUUGAUACUUUGAUUAGGCAAGCCAUAGGCAAGGAGCCUCUUUUUUCUUUCUCAAGAACAGGGGAUGGUCCUGUCCAGUGGUUUCAACUGCUUCAUGGUUUAGAGCAGCAAGAUAAUGCUGGUGGUUGGCCAAUGCUAACACCGUUAAAACUUCAGAAGUGUGAAAAAUGUUCUCGGGAAUUUUAUGCCCCUAUAAAUUAUCGGAGACAUAUGCGUCUGCAUCGCCGAGCUUUAAACUUUGAUAAGGAAUCUCGCAAAUAUAGGGAUCUGCUGGGAGCAUUUUGGGAUAAGCUCUCAGUGGAUGAGAUUAAGGAAGUUGUAUCGUUGCAUGAUGUUUCAAUAAAGGACCUUGCUGGAUCUUCACUUGUUAAUGACCUGGCAACAUCUCUGCAAAAGAUGGUGAUUUGGGCUCAUCCUCAAGAUUAUUAUAAGGCUGGUUUAGCUUUGUUGGAAGUCAUCCAAGGUAAACCUUCCAAGCUUCCAAUUACCUCUCAGGAAUUAUUUAGCAUCCUUGAUGAUGCUAGCGAAAAAACAUUUUUAUGUGCUGGCACAGCCGAGUCGGUGCAAAAAUAUGUUUUUGACGGGUAUGCUGCCAAAAAAGGUCUCGAGUUGAAAAACUUGGUUGCUUGCGCUAGCUUCCUUUUUGAACAGAAACUGGUAAAAGCAUGGUUCGCAGACAAAGAUGCUGAAGCUAUGAGAUGCCAGAAGUUGCUUUUUGAGGAGGAAGAAGCUGCUCAAAAAAGACAAGCUGAGCUGUUGGAAAGGAAAAAGCUGAAAAAGCUUAGGCAGAAGGAACAGAGAGCAAGAGAGCAAUCAAAUUGGGAAAGGGGAGAUUUGGAGGUACCUGCUGAUUCUUUUGAAGGUCCAAUAGCAGAAUCUUCUGUCCGUUCAGCGGCAGCAUCUGAAUCCAGUUCUAGUACUCCCGAAGUAUCUGAUGAUAUUUCCUCCUGCCUUGAACUUGUUCAAUUCACUAACAAUGAAAAUAUGGACAUUGAAGCCCAACUAAAUAUCUCUCAUCCACACCUGGAUCUGGUUGAAAUUCAGGAUGUUGAACCCCCUCCAGUGUCUGCAAAUAGUCGACGGCAUUUCCCCCACACCCAGUGGCAAGUCGCAAAAUCACAAAGAACAGGGAGAAAUGGUUUUCGUAACAGCCAGAAUCAUGAAGUACAGAAACUUGAACCAGUACAGAAGCAUGGAGUUAUUAAAGACCGAGGUGCCCCUGUUAAUGGCAGUAAGAUUUGGACAAGAAAAAUUAGAGUGCAAAAUGGUGAGCGCUUAAGGCUGGAUCCGCAGAAAGAGGCAAUUGAUCAAGAUCAGAGUAACUGUGAAGUGAUGAUUGGUUCUAUAUCUGUUCCAAUGAAAAAUUGCAGCACACAUGGACAGGGUAACUGUCCUACUGUCGAAAAAGAUAACUUUGAAAGCACAGAGCCAGCCAUGCUACAAAAGUUAAAUCAUGUACAGAAGCCAGCAAAGCAUGAUGUUCUUCAGGAUGGGUCAAAUGGAGCAGCUGUGAAGCUCUGGAGGCCUGUGAGCAGGCAUGGAAGUGGACAACAAGAUCCUGGAGAGGAUGUGAUCUUUGUAAAGUUGGACAAUCGGACUUCCUCCACUGAAAAUAAUUUGCGAUUAUGCUCGAGGGACAACCCUACUGGCAAGAGUAAGAAUUACACAUGUCAGGUUUCAGAUGGAAAUGUUUUUCAAGGUCUGGGAUUUUGCAGUGUAUCUGCGAAAGCUUUUCUAUCUCAGAGAUGGAAGGAGGCAAUCUCGGGAGAUCAUGUUAGAUUAGUCCUUUCCGAUGACACUGAGGUUUCAGGACAGUCCGACAUGCAAAAUGGCAGUUCAGAAGCAGCCCUGUCAUAUGCUGAUCAGGACCAUGGUAUUCUUGUCAAAGCUGACAACCAGCAGGCAAAUACUGGAGAUCUUAGUUUUUCGUCCAAUGGCAACACUAAGGUCAAGUUUAGGCAGAAGCCUGAUAAGUCUACUAAGAUAAAGUACAUUCCAAAGCAAAAACAAAACCCAUAAUUUAGUAGGAUAAAGGUAUUUCAUGGUUAUACCAGAUUGUGCACAGCUUUUACAGUCCAGCAGAGGUUCCGUUUUACCUGUGGUCUUCUGUCAAAGAGUUGAAGGAAGGUUUUCUAGAGUAUACAGUGCCAUUCUCUUAUUGGAGUUGUCGCCGCAUUAUGGCUAGGGUAGUUUUCUUUUUGCAGCUUCCAAUUUUUCUGUAAUAAGUUGGCUUUCUAAAUUUUUUGAUCUCAGUGCUCGUCAUUUUCUGCCGUUGCCGCUCACCAAAUCUCAUGUUUUCUCGGACAAUAUAUGAAUAUAGGAUCAAUUGAUAAGAUAGUCCCAAUUAUUUACUGAA